ACUUGCACCCUUGGAGAGCCGGCAUAUUUAUAUACAAUCGCAAUCUCGACCGCUAGAUUGGUCUAGUUCUUCACGCCAGGAACACUUUGUCCCCCGCAGCACAACACAUUCACCAUGAGGGGUGAACGGUUUGUAACACUGCUCUCACUGGCGGUUUCUGCCAGAGCCCAGUUUGACAGCCUGGACCCCUGCGGACAAACAUGUGUUGGCAAUACCAAUAAUCUGGCGGGCCAGUUUGGCUGCGCGGCCAUGGAUUUCAGCUGUCUCUGUGGCGUUCCGGACUGGAGCAACUCUAUCAGAGACUGCGCAGAGGGUGCUUGCCCUCCCGGCUAUGCGCCGACUGUGGUCAGCGCAGCCUCCGCCGUGUGUGCCACGGCCACCCUCCCCCCUGGGGCUUCCAUCCCGACGUCUCAGACGAGCACGUCGUCGGAGACGCCUUCGCCAACCGCCAAGGCGUCGACCGAGUCGUCCGAGAAGAGCUCAAGCACAACUAAAACCUCGACCAAGUCGGAGACCUCGGCAACGUCGACAACUUCGACGACGAUGACAAGCUCGACAACGUCUGCGACGCCAGCAAGCUCAACGGCUGAGCCGACCAAAACUGUCAGCAGUUCGACAACUGCCUCAUCGACUCCCGGAGCAGCAACGUCUGAAGCGGCCAAGGGCUCGGCCUCGACCGGGAUUAGUGAGGCUGGAAAGAUUGGCAUAGGCAUCGGCGUGGCUGCCGUCGUGAUUGCCCUCGCCGCGGUGGCUGCCUGCUUCAUGCUGCGCAAGCGACAGGCGACGCAGCCACCCAAGUUCAAGAUCUCGCAUCCCAUGCCCAGCAACGAGUACGCCUACACGAACAACAAUCACUCAGACAACGACUUUGGAUCCAGCGAACUGGAGAUGAAGAGUCGACGAUACGAAGACAUGCUUCCGCGCACAGAGCCACGGCAGAUGGUCUAGUUCGGCACUGCUCCCGGUUCUGAAGCGCCACGGUUCUCGGGUUAGGGGGAAAGGGGCGUUUCAACCUAGGAAUGAGGAAUGUCAGACAGAGAAUGCUGCUGGAACAGGGUCUGCGAGACAAAGCGGAAGAUGGGAGCCGAACACGAACUGGCA